CCGGCGCUGGUGCCGCCGCUGCGAUCCGGCGGGAUCCAGGGUGCCGCCCGCCCCCGGCGGCUGCCCGCGCCCUGCGCUUUGUGCGAGCGGCGGCCAGCAGCAUGCGGGGGGAGAGGCACCGCGUGGGGAGCGGCGAGGCGGAGCACCCGCGCCGCCCCGGCUGCUGCACCUCGGGGGGCAGGCCCCCCAGAGAGCCCUGAGCGCCCCGCGGUUUCAUUUUCUGUCACUAAUACUUCAAGGCACAGAGGAGCUGGUAAAGGCAUUGCCAUGAAACCUAACUUGAAGCAAUGGAAACAACUCAUGCUGUUUGGGAUCUUUGCAUGGGGUCUGCUUUUUCUGGUGAUAUUCAUCUAUUUUACAGAUAGCAACACUGCUGAACCAGUUCCAAGCUCCUUUGCCUACAUUGAAACUAAGAGGCUUCUGCCUCUUCAGGGCAAGCAGAGAGUCAUCAUGGGAGCCAUUCACGAUCCAUCAUUUUCAGAAACCAUUGAUGGGAAUGAGGUACUUCUUAAUGAAGAUCUCUUAGGUACAUUUAAAUCUGGGACUGGAAGUAUUAAGAAAUGGACUGAUUUGGAAGAUACCUUUAGAAGUGAAGAUGAGUUUUUUCCAUCCCAGAUAGGAAGAAAAUCAAAAAGUGCUUUCUACCAAGUGAACGAUGAUUAUUUAUUUGCUGCUGGUCAGCCUCGGUCACACAACCACCUUCAAGAGAUAGCAAAAUUCAUCUCAGCAGAUGAGGAUAAUCCAAAAGUAAAUAUUUUACAGAACAACUGGAGCCAUCAGAGAAGAAUGAGGAGAAGGAGCACAAAGCACAGGAGAAGCCAGAUGCUUGAGGAAUCUGAUGACUGGGAUGGGCUAUAUUCCACAAUGUCGAAAUCCUUUCUUUACAAGCUUUGGAAAGGGGAUGUCUCUUCCAAGAUGCUAAACCCUCGACUGCAGAAGGCGAUGAAAGAUUAUUUGAGCACCAAUAAGCAUGGGGUGCGGUUCAAGGGGAAACGAAACUCCAAGUUGACAGGAGACCAGCUAUUCUGUGAGCUAAAAGAAAGGGUGAAUGUGAAAACAAUAGAUGGCAAGGAGGCUCCCUUCUCCACUCUUGGAUGGGAAAAGCACGUUCCCCAAAUUCCACUGGGCAAAUUGUAUACACAUGGCUUUGGGAGCUGUGCUGUAGUUAUGUCUGCUGGUGCCAUACUGAACUCCUCUCUGGGGGAUGAAAUAGAUUCUCAUGAUGCUGUUCUAAGAUUUAAUUCUGCUCCAACACGUGGCUAUGAAAAAGAUGUUGGAAAUAAAACAACCAUGCGGAUCAUUAACUCUCAGAUUCUCACCAAUCCAAACCAUCACUUUGUUGACAGCUCCUUGUACAAAGAUGUUAUCUUAGUAGCCUGGGAUCCUGCCCCCUACUCUGCAAAUCUGAAUGUGUGGUAUAGAAAGCCAGACUACAAUCUGUUCACUCCCUACGUACAGCAUCGCAGGAAGAAUCCAAAUCAGCCGUUUUACAUUCUCCAUCCAAAGUUUAUAUGGCAGCUCUGGGACAUCAUUCAGGAGAACACUAAAGAGAAGAUACAGCCCAACCCUCCUUCUUCAGGUUUUAUUGGUAUCCUCAUCAUGAUGUCCAUGUGUAACGAAGUGCACGUAUACGAAUACAUCCCUUCCGUUCGACAGACCGACCUAUGUCACUACCAUGAACUCUACUACGAUGCAGCUUGUACCUUAGGGGCCUACCACCCACUGCUCUAUGAGAAACUGUUGGUGCAAAGGAUGAACAAAGGUUUGCAGGAUGAUCUGUAUCGGAAGGGGAAGGUCAUUUUGCCAGGAUUCAAAGCUGUCAAGUGCCCCAAACGAAAUAAUUUCCCACACUUGUAGAGGAGAGUCCUUCAGAAACAAUGUGCAAUAAGGUACUACUGUCGUACUAUAAACAAGAGAAGAAUACUUGAAAAAUGUAUCUUAGACCAAUCUAGUCUUGAGUCUAUAAAUUGUAAUUAAGUAGCAGGCAUGAGAAAUACUUCUUUUCUGAGCCUGAGUAUUUAUUACUGCUUUGCAAAUACUUAAAAAAAGGCUUAACUCACGAAAGGUGCAAAGGACAUACUUAGGCAGAAAUAUAAUGUAUUGUUGUGGGUGUGAAUGUCAGAAUUUGUCAGUGGUCUCUUGUGCCACAUAUGCUAGACUGUAACUUUUUUUUAAUGAACUUAUUUAACUGUCAAAUCUGGCAUUGUGAAACAGCCUCUAUUGUUCAUGUACAGAGCAGCCAGUUGAACAAUGCAGUGUUUCUCAUGGCUCCGUGGGGUUUUCACACUCUCCAAGAAUGAAGUAAUCGCUACUCUGAGCUGUGCAGUCAUUGACUAGAGUAGACUUUUAAUUCCUGUUCAUACGCAGGCUCAAUUACAGGCCUCCAGCUGCAUAGGGGGCCUUAUGGUGGCUAUGAAGUCAGUGCAGAUAGAGAAGGCUGUACACACAGCUAAAACAGUUAAUUGACUGGAUGUACUCCCGAUGCCAGAUACCCACGCUCACACUGAAAUGCCCACAUAGGGCAGAAGGAAGUCAACAAUGUUUCUUUAGAGAGCAACAGACAUAUUUGUAACCCAUUUAGCAAAAAACCUCUCCCUGGGAGGCAUAUCAGGGGGUUGUGAGAUGGAAAUUUUAUCGUUCCCCUGGUCUGCACAGAUAAAGAAGAAAAAGAGAAAGACAAGGGAGGCUGGGCACCAUUAACCUACCACGCUAAAAGCAAGCAUAGACGGAGCUUACCUUUCUGCAGCAAAGAUAGCAUUCAGGAUUACAAACAUUAUUUAUGAGGAAUUUCAUUGAGCUCUGACUCAAACUCACUUGUUCACAAGUUACUGCUGUUAAGAAUAUAUAGGGAGUGGAUAUCACAAUUUUUUAUUUAAUGUUUGAAAGACUAUACCCCAGAGAAGCUGCAGUGCUUGCAAAAAACCUGACUACGGAUUGCGUAUGGAGAUAAUUCGGUAUUUUCCUUCAUAACACACAAUGAAAAUAUUCUCUUAAGGCACCUCUAAAAAUCUGCCUGGUUGCUAAUAUAUUUAAAAUGCUAUUUUCCACAGCAAGACUUCAGUCUCAGAUUUUCCAAGCAGCAGGAGGUUAAUAUUCUUUUUUUUUUUCACACAGCUGCACACUUUCUUUUAGGGUAAGUUCAGCAGGAACGUAUGCACACAAAAGCACGGCUAUAUCGUACUCGUGUCCAUUCAGUAAAAAGACAGACAACUCAAAGAGGCUCUGAAAAGAAUAACUGAGUGGUUGUGGGGGAAAGUAAUUUUUGUGUUUUGUCUUAAGCAACAGAAAGGCAAAAGAGUACAAAGAGCAUUAAUGACUUAUUUCCUCUUCAACAGUAAUGUAAGUAUAAUCACAAAAUCCUUUUUCUCUCGCUGCUCUUUGGGUCUGAUGGAUUUCCUUCAUCAGAAGUGAAGAGUAUGUGUCUUACAUAGGAUUUACCCUUCUUUUUCUAUGUAGUUUCUUAAUUUGAGCUUUAUGAUCCUCUAAAGAGGAUUCCUCAACAGAAAGUAUGUCCAGAUGAGCUAAAAACUGUACUUCUGUGUUAUGUGGAUACUUAUGUCCAUAAAUCAUUUUGGUACAUGUCAAAAUGUAGAGGUUUUACUCAUACUAGCCUUAGACUCUGGAUAUAUUACAUACUGAUUUCUUGAUAGCACCAUGAUUUAAUCUUGUAGAGAAUAGAUAACCUACAUAGACCUAAUUAUUUUUCCAUAUGUUUAGUACCCUGUUUGCAAAACAUAGGAAGUCUGAACAGUGCAACCAAACAUGUCUCUCCUGUGUGCAGGGUUAGCUACCAUAUGUUUGUAAAGGAAGGCAGUUGAUCAGCUUUCUAGGACUAGUGAAUAUCCUGCUUUUCCAAGAGCAGGAAAUUCUCAAGUUCUGCAAAUAAAA